AUGCACACGGACGAUGAAAGCGAAAUUGAAUACACAGUUGUGAAGCGUGUUGCGUCCGUUACGAUUGAAUCAGAUAGUCAAGUGGAAGCAGAAGCGGAACAGCGUUCUGGACGUGUAAGACGGAAGAAAAGGGUUGUGAAGCGAAAAAAUAUCAAUGAAAAGAUGGAUAUCGAUGUUGUUUCUCAACUUAGCAUUACAAAUAAAGGAAUGGACUGGGAUAGUUUGUGCUCAACAAGUGAAUUGUCAUCUUCUGAAACCUGCUCCUCUGAUGGUCGUGAGGCGGACGAUGAACAGUCAGAUUGGGUUGGCCCUAUAAGCGAAGAUCAAAAUUUUCCGCUUCCUCAGACAUCGACGAGACAGCAGCGCUUUAUUAAAACACGUACUGCAUCAGCAGCUCUGCAGCGAAAACUAGAACGGUUUAUUCGAGACGAUAGCCAACGUGAAUUGAUUGUAAAACACUGGACUAGUUAUCGACAG